AUGACAUUAAAGCUUUUGAGAGAGCUGCCAGACAUCACCAAAAUACUCAACAUCUGUGCAGAGAAAGUGGCAGAUCAUCCUGAAUAUGUGCCCUUCUUAUGUGACCUGCUGAGGAUUUGCAGGCUUCCCUUUCUGAAGGAAAAGGUGUCUGAUGAACUGAGUUACGCCCAGAAUGUCACAGAGUUCAUCUCUGACCUCGGGUAUCUGAUGAGGGUGCCACACAUUGAAGUCAGACAGCAGGUUAUUGAAUGUGUGAAAUCGUUUUACAGCUGCGCUACAGACUGUCCAGUCGACACACAGCGGAACAGCACACAUUCUGCACCUUCUCCAAUGCUCCAGCCGACUUGUCCGAGCUACAAGCUGCAGCUCCUAGAGCGCAGCGGUUUGGCUCAGAUACUACUCCUCUCCAUGGCUGCUGUAGAGCAGCCAGCCAUUAAGCUGCAGCUCCUCCAGACACUUCAGCUCCUCUCCAGCUCCUCCGAUGUGAACUGUGAGUUAAUGCUGAACGUUCAGGGAGCAGAGACAAUCUGUCUUCAUAUGAAUGAAGUAGAUCCGUCCGGUCAGAUCCUGCUGCACUCCACUGAGAUCCUCCUGAACCUGCUGGAGAGGAGCAGCAAGGAGAAGGUCACAGCUCAGCUCGGCAGCAUGGAGUGCAUCCUCUCUCUGAAAGAGGCAUUUUUUUACCAGCUGCAGAACAGUUUCUGUCCCGCUGAUCUCCAGCUCAGAAACGAUCUGCUUCUGAUCACAACACUUAUUGCUGACAAUCCCAAAUCUCUGCUGAUUGAGAGAUUAUUUGCCAAGCAGCUCAUGGUUUACGUCACAUUUCCAGAGUUGAAAAGUCACAAUCCUUUGGUCCGCAACCUCCAACUAACCUACAAUAACGAAGACUUUAAAAUGAAGAAGCUGCUUCUGAACCUGCUGGUGUCUCUGUCCAAGGAUAGUUCGGCACUGAAGCUUUUCAAAGAGGAACGAGUGAUGCUGUCUCUACUGAUGCUCACGAAGCUACAGGCGACCUCCUCUGAGGGCCGGGACACCGUACGUCACUGGUCCUCUGUGCACCACGAGGAGCUGCAGCUCCAGGCACUGGUUGUCCUGACAACACUCGCACCUCUUUUACUGGACGAGUAUGUGUACUAUCAGGGAAACUCGUGUCUCCUACUCCUGCUGGACUGGUGCAUCGGGCGAGACACAUACUUUGGCGAGGAUCACAGCUUCCAUGGCGCUGGAGGAAGAGUCAGUAAGAAGGCUCAGAUGCGACAUUGUAUUCGAGUGUUAAGAUCUGUGACGUCUCAGGCUCAUGAUUCGGUCAAUCAGGACCUCUGUGAUCAAGGAAUCAUAAGUCAGCUUGUGGGAAUUCUGAUGCAGAUGGAAGCAAGUCCUGAUGAGGAGAACGAGGUCAUGGUGGAGAUGAAGUCAGAUAUUCAGCUGAUUCUGUCCGAGCUGUGUGAGGAUGACACACACAGAAAGGAACUGUUUGGGUCAGAUGGAGUUGAGAUGGUCAUUCAUUUCCUGAGGAAAGGUUCUGAUAAGUUCUACAGCGGCCUUGGACACAACAGGCUCAUCCUGUCCACCGUUGACUGUGUGUGGUCAUGUGUCACUGGCUGCUACACUACAGAGGAUUAUUUUUUGGCUAAAGAGGGGGUGUUUCUUCUGCUUGACCUUCUCAGCUCAAGCCCCAGAAGUGUGCACAACAUCAUCCUCGCCACUGUGUUAGAAUAGGUGACAACCACGCGCGUGUCUGACAUCCUGAGCUGGAGGAGCAUCAGCGGUCAGAAGGCUCCAGGACUGCUGCUGCAGCUGUGGAGGGAGGAGGAGGCAGAAUUGGGAGUCAGCCGCCACCAGCAUGGCGUGAUCGCAGAUCCCAGCAGGCCCACUCUCACUCGUCACCAGCUGGAGGACACACACCUGUCUUUGCCUGCCAACGUUCCCAGUGCAGCAGUGCUGGAAAUGUCAGAGAACCUGCGCUCAAAGAUUUACUACAUCUUCUGCAAAUUUGGUUUUCUGCACCUUCCAGGAUUGUCAACAACCGAUUAUGUGACCCUGAGCAUUGUCAGGAGAUAUCUGGAUUUUAAGGCUGGUGAAGUGUGGGAGGAGGUCAGGAGGGAGCUGAGUCUGGACGGAGUGAGGCCGGUCAGCCCAGACGAGGAGGCUCUGAGUGCCAUCUGUUCGACUACAGAGGACACAGCCAGCAGGACGGUAGCGGAGCAGAACAGCAUCCUGAAGCAGCAGCAAGAGGAGGACGCCAAGGAGGACCAGCUCCUCUACACCGAGAUAAAGUCUCACUGGAAACAACAGGAACUCACAGCAAAGUCGUGGGAACUUUAUGUCGCCAAGACUUCAAAUUACAACAUUCUAAAGGAAGUAAAAGAGCAGCGUGAGAAACACAUGGAAUCAUCCAGAGAAAAAUCAAAGGACAAAGGCGCUGCAUUCCAUCCUCCAGAGCAUUUCAUGGGCCGGAUGAUGGCAGUAGAGACAUCCAAUGCUCUGGGUCUUUUUGGUGUAAAGCUGAAACUGGCCAGAGCUCCAAUCAAACCUGCGACUCAGGAAGACUCGACGCCUCCGGAAUACUUCAGCACCGUCUCUGCCAAAGACUGACAUCUUCUUGACAGAAUGUGUGUUUAAUCUUUUCUCUUCUCAUUAAAACUAAACUCAGCCUUU